AUGUCCUUCCUUGGCUUCGGCCGCCCCCAACCCACCUCGGCCGAGAAGAUCGCGGCUGUCGAGAACGAGCUCAAGGUGAUUGCCGAGAUGCACAGCCGCAUGCUCAAGGUCUGCUCGGCCAAGUGCAUCGACAAGACGUACCGCGAGGGCGAGCUGUCCAAGGGCGAGGCCGUCUGCCUGGACCGGUGCUCGGCCAAGUUCUUCGAGGCGCACACGGCCAUCUCGGAGCAGCUACAGAAGGAGGGCGCCGCCCGCGGCUUCGGCGCAGGCAUGUAA